AAAUGGAAAUGCUAAGGGUAAGUAGCUUUAUUUUAUAUGACCAUGUUUUACAAUAAAAUUAAAUGCAGAAAUUGCACAGGACCAUUUAUUAGGAAGCAGAGAACACAAAGGAAUAAACACAAAGCUGUACUAAGGGGAAGGACUGAUGCUGAAGCUCAGACUCCAAUACUUUGGCCACCUGAUGCGAGGAACUGACUAGUCCGAAAAGACCCUGAUGACGAAGCCAGGAGAAGGGGACGAGGAUGGAGAGAAGGCACGAGAAGAGGAGGAUGAGGUGGUUGGAUGGUAUCACCGACUCGAUGGACAUGAGUUUGAUUAGGCUCCCGGGGUUGGUGAUGGACAGGAAGGCCUGGCGUGCUGCAGUCCAUGGGGUCGCAAAGACUGAGCGACUGAACUGAAGGGGCAUCUCACCUGGCAAAUGCGCUUUUAAGUAAUGACUGGUCAGUGCCCAGAUCAGACUCUGCGACAGGGCCCCUGGCUCAGCGCGUCAGCCACAGCCUGAGAAGCCGGCCGCCCCCUGCCCGGCCCAGCUGGAACCCUCAGGGUUCGCCAGGACCGCUAGGGGGAGGCUCUCAGACCUCGCGCCUCUUAACCGGGUUUGGCCUCCUGCACAGGUGAGGGCCCAUUCAACCCAGGAACCUGAACCCGCCCACAUUUCUGCGGCCAAUCACUCUCUCCCGAUGACCACGCUAACGGCCGCACCCCCAUCGUCAGCCAAUCAGAGGAGACCUCGCCCGCUCAGACCUGGCCAAUGAGGCGGCGGCCAGGGCCUGGUGGGCGUGGCCGUUCCCGCACACCCGCCCCGGGGGCCUACCCCGGGAGGGGGAGGGGCGGCCUGAGGGAGCCGGGGGCGUCGGCCGCACCCGACGGCCCAAAGAAAGACACCCGGGCCGGGCGCCCGGGAGCCGGCCAUGGACCCGCAACAGGCCGGACAGCGCGCGGACGCCGCGGCGCCCCCGCCGCCUUUCGUGCGCGUCGCCCCCUCGCUCUUCCUCGGGAGCGCGCGCGCCGCGGCCGCGCCGGAGCCGCUGGCGCGCGCGGGCGUCACCCUGUGCGUCAACGUCUCGCGCCAGCAGCCCGGCCCGGGCGCGCCCGGCGUUGCCGAGCUGCGCGUGCCCGUGUUCGACGACUCGGCGGAGGACCUGCUGGCGCACCUGGAACCCACCUGCGCCGCCAUGGAGGCCGCGGUGCGCGCCGGCGGCGCCUGCCUCGUCUACUGCAAGAACGGCCGCAGCCGCUCGGCCGCCGUUUGCACCGCCUACCUGAUGCGUCACCGCGGCCUCAGCCUGGAGCGGGCCUUCCGGACAGUGAAGAGCGCCCGCCCAGUGGCCGAGCCCAACCCGGGCUUCUGGUCCCAGCUCCAGAAGUACGAGGAGGCCCUGCAGUCGCGGUCCCUCCUGCCCAAGGAGCCCUCGGGCCCGAGUGAGCCCUAAGCGGUCAGCCCUGGAGGACGACCAGCCAACCCCAAAGCAGGACGCUGGGGGGUCUUCUGCAUCCUGGGGGUGGGAAGGCGUAGUUCAUGCACUGACGGGAGGCUGGGUCAUCCGCUCCUGCCUCACGUCCCACGGAGAUUUCAUUUUCUGCAGCUUCCCAAAGCCCUCUGUCCCCGCUUGAUGGUAUUGUAGGGGUGUGUCCGCAGAGAACUGGGGAACCGCUCCUCCCCUGCUUCUCAGGUUUACUAGACAGGGCUUAAUCAGGAACAUCAAAACCACUCGAGAAAACUUAGCCAGAAAAACAUUUACUACAGAGAGGUGGAGGGUGGAGAGCCAAGGUCAGGAGAUGGGGAAACCACAGGAGUCACGAGGACUUGCCACCUUGACCCUGGCUUCCUUCCACAUUCGGGACUGCCACCAGCUCAGGCCACAGUGGCUUUCCGAAACAGACUCGUAGCUGCUGUGACACACGGGUGCGGGUUCGAGGCUCUGUAGCAGACCACUCAGCUUGGGCUCCCCUGGGGCUCUCAGUGCCCACACCCACUUCCUACCUUACUGACCUCCCAGUUUCAGCCAAGGUCAGGCCCAGACCACACUAACCACCCAUGUGUCUGAGCGCGUUGAUUACUCUGAUUCAGAGGCACCUCACCUGGGCAUCCUACAGCCUGAAGACUAUACUAGAAAAUUAAUCACCCUCAACACUCCUUAAAUAAGAUAAAGAGGAGAGAGUAAAGAAAAAAAUGGAUAAUACAUGAAUUACAGAUAGUGUAGUCCCUGGUUAACACAUACAAGUGUACACGUAACAAAAUAAUGGACAGAACACCGCAUUUGGUGUUUGUCAUUUCCCUUGACCCUCAGCCAGUGCCUCAGGCCCUGGUCCUCCUAGUGGGGCAUGUGGAGCCUUCAUCCUGAAGGCCGAGCGUCCUGCCCACACUGUGCUGAGCCCUCUGUGAUCUCCUGCACAAGCCGGGGGUCUUGAGUGGCAUGAGCACAGUACCCCGAGUCCCGGCACAGCGAAGCCCUGCCGCCCCUUCAGAGUCAGGGUCAGGGAGUUUCCGUGAGGUCUGGUAGUUAGGAUUUGGUGUUUUCACUGCUGAGGCCUGGGGUCAGUCCCUGGUCGGGGAACUAGGAUCCUACGAGCUGCACAGCACUGCCCCCCCCCCAAAAAGUGUCAGUCACCAAGCAGAGCAACUCUGAUUUGUGCCUUGAGGACUCUCAACUGGCUAAGUAGGGUCUCAGCGUCCUGUCCCAGGUGUGUCCCAGAUGGAAGCAUCCCACCUGCAGAUGAAGACCUCUGACCAAGCAGAGCCCAAAGGGUAAAGCUGGGGAGCCUGCACUCCAUGAGCGAGGCCCUGGGGUGGUUGUGAAGGGGGCCCCAUCCUCCCCAGCCUUCCUGCUCCUGCUCCUGGUUUGCCAGCACGAUGGCCCCUGGCUCAGAGCACACCCCACCCCCUGCAGGUCCGCACCCAGCCCUGCGCAGCACCACGCAUCAGCAGCGCCCACCUCCAAGAGCCACAGCCCUGGUCAUAACCAGACUUCUGCCACCUUUAUGGAGGGCUCGCCAGCUGCUGCCUACUCCCGACAGGCCCCUCACAGCUCAUGUUGCUUUCCAUCUACCUGUGAACAGCUCCUGCCGUUACCUUCACAUUGCGGGUGAGGCCGCAGUGACUGCAUCUGUGACCUCAGGCAUACUGAGUGGUUUGCCCAGCAGGGAGGUCAGGAGCCAGGACCUGAGCCCAGAUCUUUUCCGUGUGCUUGUGGUGCCCUUGCUGGCAUGCCCCCUCACCUGCUGGCGUGGCCCGGGUGACACAGGCGCACGGAUGUCAGAGCCCGGGCCAGGCCUUGGUCCCCUAGCUCCAUUCGGAGAACCGGCCAAGUCUGCCUGCCGCCAGAGGCCCAGGGGCAGCACAGCCCCCACCUGAGCCCACGGGCCUCCUGGAGGUCCUCCCACUGCCGGGUCUGCCCGCUAGCAGACGAGGCCAGGGGCCGGCUCCCCUCCCGGGGCCUGCACACUCGAACAGGGGCAGCCAGUCUGUGCCCACCAGAAGGCUGGGUGCAGGCGCAUCCGCCCACCAAGCCAGUCAGGGCUGGACCAUCCGAAGGCUGGUGUGUGGGACUUCCCUGAUGGCCCAGUGGUUAAGACUCCACCUUGCAAUGCAAGGGACACUGGUCCAGGAAGAUCCCACAUCCCACGGGGCCACAAAGCCCUGCGCCAGGGAACUGUGGAGGCCUGCGCUUUACAGCCUCUUCUCCACAAGAGAAGCCACCGCAGGGAGCAGCCCGCACACCGCAAGGAAGAGUAGCCCGCGCCAGCAUGAGUUUGCAGCAACAAAGGCCCACCAGUCAAAAAAUAAAAUAAUUUAAAAAAAU